GGUUUUCUGAUUCUCUUCGUGUAAGAAACUUGUCCAAGAAAAAAUCACUCUCAAAAUAGUAUUAAAUCAAACCAAACUAUUCCGAUCUGUUUCCCAAUUCUGUUUGAUUUCCAUAUAAAGCAGAAGAAAAGUAGAAAAAGCAAAGGUUUUGUGAAGCGAACGCAUUUAUCGAUUGCAUAGAUAGUUCAAAAGAAGGUGAAUUUGGUGCAGUUAUCUGAUAAUAUUUCAAGCAACAGAGUUAUGGCUAUACUUGAUCAAGCUUCAAAUAUGAUGUCUUUACCAUUGGAUUAUACAAGAAAGAGGAAAUCAAGAAGUAGAAAAGAUGCACCAAAGAAUGUAGCAGAGACACUAGCAAAGUGGAAAGAGGUCAAUGAGAAACUAGAGUCUAGUGAUGAUGGGAAAAAGCCGGUGCGUAAAGUUCCUGCUAAAGGAUCAAAGAAAGGAUGUAUGAAAGGUAAAGGAGGUCCCGAAAACGGGCGGUGUAAAUACAGAGGUGUUAGGCAAAGGACAUGGGGUAAAUGGGUUGCUGAGAUUCGGGAACCGCAUAGAGGGAGAAGGCUUUGGUUAGGUACUUUUGAUACUGCAAUCGAAGCUGCUUUAGCUUAUGAUGAAGCUGCUAGAGCAAUGUAUGGUCCUUGUGCUAGGUUGAAUCUCCCGAAUUACCCUUUGUCGAAUGAGUCUUCUAAGGAUGAUUCCUUGUUGCCUACAGUGUCUCAAUCCGAUUCUACAACAGCCUCAAGUCUCACUGAGACAACCAACAUUCCUAAGAUUAAAUUUGAAGAUCGCGAAAGUGAAUCGAGAAGUGAUGGCCCGAGGAGUGUUUUUUAUGAAGCUGGAACACCUUCGAGUUCAGUGAAAGAGGAAGUGAAAGACGAGGCCAAGGGCGUGUUGGAUGAAAGAGGGAUUGUUGAAAUUAAAGAAGAGCCUGUUGCCUUUGAUUAUGGUACAAUGACGAGUGGCCAAGAUAAUGUAGACAACUUCUGUUGGGAUGAUGAGAUGUUUGAUGUGGAUGAGCUAUUAGGCGUGUUAGAUUCGACUCCACUGGAUACCUCGGCUCCCAACCAAGUUUCUGGUUCUGUUCCUGUCAAUCAGUAUGCGCAUGAUUCUUCGUAUCGACUGCAGAGUGCUGCCUAUGACAACAACCAGUUCUCUAAUCCGUCAUCUCAGUUGCAAAAUACAGAUGAUAAAGAUUUGCAGCAAAUGCAGCAGCUAGCACCUAUUGUGGAUGAUUAUAAUUUUGAUUUUUUAAAGCCAGGACGGCAGGAAGACUUCAACUUCAGCUUGGAUGACCUGAGUUUCCUUGAUUUCCAAUAAAAUUUUGGUAGUUUGGUAAUGACUGUGGGUGUGUUCUAGAGUUCUACUGAGCCCUUGCGCGCAGGCUAACAAGAUGAUGUACUGCUGCUGUUUUUAUCAGAUGGAUUUAGUAUUGUUGGUUGAUUGCUGUAUUUGUGCAAUAGCCGAAGUUUUUGAAUGUUUACCAUGUUAGUUCAACAAGGUCUUUUUUUGAUUCUAGGAAAAGGAAAAAAAAAUAGGACAAUUUCAGAAGAUACUCUUCUUUGUGUUUUUGUUUUUCCCCUUUUGAGGAACUGUGGUUGUCCCUUUCCUUUCUGCCAAGGGAUAGCUGAUUCUUGAUAAGUUUUUGGAUCAGAGAAUUCAGCUGCUAAUUUAAUCGAACAAAAUUCUGCUGUACAGUAUUAACAUUGAGUAACUAGUUUGCUAACAUUUGCAAGGUGUUGGUGUUCCUAUGAUGAUAAUAAAGAGAAAACCAUCUUU